GGCUGAACGUUAUCAUUUGUGUAUACUGAUUUUAGUGCAUUUUAGUGGGAAUUGAGAACAGAAAUGAGUUUUAAAUCAAUUAUUUUCGCGUAAUUUGAUUGAAUUUAUUCUUUAAAAGUCUUCAAAAUGCUUUUUAAAUGUUGUGCUUGUAAUUUCAAGGGAAAUUAUAUGAUAAGGGUGGCCGAAAGUUUCAAUUUUCAAUUCCCAUAAGAUGAAUUAUUAUGCCGGUAUAUCUUUCAUGUUUCUCGCGAACAAUAUUGAUGGUUAAGUUUAAAUAAAUAAUUCUUUUCGUGUAAUUGUUUCGGUAUAUUACAUCUUAUUAAUUCAGCUGUGAUUGAUGUUCGUGUGUAAUAAUCAUUUUCUAUCAAAAACUUCGAACUGAUCGGAAUCUGUUCGUUGGAAUUCUACGUUCUACGUUGCUUUGUUACUUAUUGUCUGCUUCAGGAAGUAUGAUCUAAAAUGUAGUAGUACAGUAAUCUUUCAACUUUCAAUAAUUAAAUAUCAGUAUUUCAAACAAUAUUAGUUGUUUCAUUUUCAAUACAAGUGGGCAUUGUACUGUCACUAUUGUACGUAAUUCGAAUGAACAAUGAACACAUGAUCCGAUCAUCGAAGUACAGUACAGGUUUUCUAAGUCUUGUUGUUGGAAAUUCGCCGAUUCCUGUUAUUCCAUAUUCAAUAUUACUAAGGUACAUAGGUGAAUUUCGAUCACUGAUCAUAGUUAUUGCUAAUAGUUUUGAAAAGGCUGGAUUUAAUUUAACACUUGUGUUAUCAGUCAGUGUUAUGUAUACUCGAUCUUUAAAUCAGAAUAGAAUGCAAUUUUGAGCGAGUAAAAGGUUAUUUGAGAAUAGAAAAGUGAUCUACGAUUCAUGCAGAACAUUUUUUCAUACUCAAACACCCAUGUAUUCACUCAAAAUUCCAUUCUAUUCCAAUUUUAAAAGCGUAGUACUGGCGCGCACUGAACUUUGAACUUUCAUAUUUAUCGACGCACCAAAGGAAAAGUUUCGAUUUAGGUCUACGAUUGUAGGGCAUGAAAUGUAGAUUGUUUUUCACCCAUAAAAUACCUAUGUGCUCAUUAAAUUUUUUGAGUAAUUAAUGAAAAACUAUGAGAAAAUGUACUUUUCCCAUAAUAUGCCAUCCUAACUUCAGCCUACUGGAGAAUUGUCAACGUCGCAAUCCAGUUUUGCGCUGAGGCCUUAUGUAGAGGUGGUAUUGCUUCUACACGCAAUCAUGAUGGAUUAGGAUCAUACGUGCGGUAAGUGGGGUAAGGUAAGAGACGAGUUCGCGCAAUGCGCAGAGGCAUUCUUUACAAACUCGAUUUGGGAGGUUUGCAUCAAAUAUUUGCUUGAAUUCCGAUUGGAAUCGCAGUCCAGAUAGGGAAUAAAAGGUCGAUGCUCUGGCUGGACUCGAACCAUCGAUAUUACACUAAAUGGAUACCCAGCAAGUCCAUUUACCCCGCGUCAAUGAACAACGACGAAGCUUAGGGGCUUAUUUGGUUAUUGAUGCGACUUUUUUCUGCGCAUGGUAUCUGAUUGGUUAAUUUUGAUUUUGAAUUCAAAUUUGGUGGCCACGUAGAUCCGCGUAAAUUUGAAGUUGAUCGCCUCUUCCCCCUUGCAAAACAUUUCGAUGGGCAUCACUUGCGCCGAACGGAUGCGCCUCAAUAACCUCACCUUUCCCCUGUGAACUUCGUGAGCACUGCAUUUCCCACCCGCCUCUCUAUACGCUGUGUAUCCAUUUAGUGUAAUAUCGAUGACUCGAACGCGGGUUCCUUGUGUGACAGCCCGAUGCUAUACCAACUAUAUACGCCACCGCGUGAGGGGAGUUGCUAUUCGCCCCACACUUCGAUACACGUUCGCGAAUGAUUCAAAUAACUUGGAAAAUUAUUUUAUUUCUUAUCAAAUAUUCACUAAGAUAUCAUAUGUAAUGAUUUCGAAGAUCAAUUCGUUGCUGUGUGUUUCAAUUAAAUGUAAUAAGAUGUGACCACCGUUUUACAAAUUAAUAAUUAUUUUAACAUGAAGUGGAGAAAAAUUCCUAAAUCAUGUUCACAAUUCGUGUUAACAUUGAUCUUUAUUCUCGUCCAUCUUAUCUUUACCGGCAUGCCAUCCAUUCAAGAAUUUGAAGAAAAACUUCAACUCGUUUCCUCAAAAUUUCAAAUACAGGAGGAUUUCUAUUCCUUGGAAAUAGAUGGAGAGAAUAAUUUCAAAAAAUUGGAUUCCGUAUUGAAGGAACAUGGCAUUGAUUAUGUGGUUCGCCACUCAUAUUUGAAUCGUCGCAAAAAGGAAACGAAAAGUCGAUUGCUCUGGCAAGAUGAUGUGCUGUUUGUUAUCAACAAUGUAAUUAGAAAAACCUGCGCCCUCGGGCCCAAGAAAAUCGCUAAAAAGAAAACUACUACUCAUGUUGAGAAUGGCCAUCCUACUGGCAAAAAGAAAAGGUUCCGAUUACAACCUAGUAGGAAAAUAAGCUGUCCGGCGCGAAUGAAAAUUACGGAAGUACUGUGCUAUCCGGAGUAUAGAAUUUGUGAAAAUGCAAGCAAUGUUCGUAAACUGAAGGCUGAAAAAUUGAAACUAUUGGCCGGAGUUCUGCAAACUGAAUCGCUCGUAAUAACUGAAAAGAAAUUUCGAAUCACUUUGAGCAAACCAUCCGUUCACAGCCAUUCUAAUUGGUCUUCAUUCCUCAACCAACAGCUAAGUAAUGAACUAAAAGAUAAAGUUAACCAAUAUGUUAAUGAAGGAAUUACGCAUAUUCGAACUAUACAAAAGUUGCUUAAAAGUUAUGUGGAGAAUAAUGUUUCCAAAAGCAUUCCUGCGUCAUCUCGGUCGUUUUACCCCACCAGAAAAAUUUUGUACAAUCACGUUCUCAAGUAUACUUACCAAACACGAGCCAGUAAGAUAGAUCAAGUUGCUUUACAAAAAAAAAUUGAAGACUGGGAUGCUUCUGUUCCUGGUAACUAUUAUUAUCGUUGGCAUAAUGAAAGUAUGUCACAGACCUUCAUGUUAUGUGUUCAAUUAGAAGAGCAUCAACAUUUAUUGAAAAGAUACAGAUCUGUAGUAUUGUUGGAUGCGACGUAUAAAACAAGCCGAUAUGCAUUGCCUUUAUUUAGUCUUGUUGUAAAAACAAAUGUUGGCUACAUUGUAUGCGGCAUUUUUAUAAUUCAGUAUGAAAAUAGCAAAAGUAUCGCGGAAGCUCUCAAUGUAUUUAAGCAGUGGAAUUCUGAAUGGGUGCCGGAAUAUUUUAUUGUAGAUUUUUCGGAGGCGGAGAUGAAUGCAAUUGAGAGUACAUUUACUUUUGUCAAAAUUUAUAUUUGCGAUUUCCACAGAGAACAAAGUUGGACAAGGUGGUUUUCCAAAAAAGAAAAUGUGCAAGACUCUUCUGAUUCCGAUAAACUGAAACUACUAUUUCGUAAAUUAGCUACCUCAAAAACGGAAACAGAAUUCGAAAGUAACUUGCUGAUACUUAUGAAUACUGAAGAAUACACUAGGAAUCCAAAAGUGGAAAAAUACUUGAAAAACACUUGGUUACCUCAUAAAGAUAAGUGGACUCAGGCGUUUUUUGAUCAAAAAUAUUCGGUCAUCAUAAGGACAAACAAUGGUAUAGAAUCUCAAAAUAAACUGAUAAAGUAUUCGUACUUGAAGCUUCAUGUAGAUAAAUCACUCUGUGGUGUAUUGGAUGUUCUCAUUACUGAUUUUUUUAUUGAUGAAAUCAAAAAAUACCAAGUAGCAAACAGUCGCCUUAGUGAAAAUUGCAAGCAAUAUGACAAAGAAAUCCCAGAAUACCUGCAUAAUAGGCCUGUUGAUUUCAUCAGACACGAAUAUGCUCGAUAUGCGUCUGGUAAAACCUUCGAUAAAGAUGAUAUUAGUGUGUUGAAUAAUGCAGAAUCAUCUAAAUGCAUCUGUCUGGUUAGAAGCGAAGAAUCGCCAACGAACUUUUAUUAUAUUGAUUUUGAUGUUCCUAAUUGUACAUGUGAAGAUUUUUUUAGGCAUUUUUUCCCAUGUAAGCAUAUGUUUGCUGUGUUUCAAUUUUUACCUGAGCAGUUUUCCUUUGAAAAGUCUUUACCUCCAUCCUAUUUGAAUAGUCCGUUCUUGACUAUUGAUGAAAAGUUUUCUUUUUUUGAGACAGAGUUUUAGUCUAAUUCUGGUACAUCUGCUGAUGAAACAACUAAUGGUGUUCCAUCAUCAAGGGUGUCCAGUUUAGAUUUGGUUGCUACUGAUACCUCUGUUGAUGGGACAAAUGUGGAUGUUCCACUGGCAGAUGUGUCAGAAUUAGCCAAAAAUUCUGCUUCAAAAGAGAGGCUUUCUCUUCUCAAAAAAUUGAAAGAACAAGCCAAAGAUAUUUCCGAUAAAGUUUUUCUAAUCCCAAGGUGCUCGCAAUCCAAUUGUAAUGAUGAUCUCCUUAAUCUUGUUCAAAAAAUGUCAGAAAUUCAGCUCUUAAUUAAUUCUCAAAUUUCCGUUGAACCUAGCAGUAGUAUUGCUAUUAUACCUCGUGAGUAUCAGCCAAUGAGUGUAUCUGAUUUGCCGAAGAAAAAAAAAAAAUCCUCCAAACCUAAAGAUUCCAAAGAUGGAAAUUAAUAAUGACUAAUUAA